AUGACUGUAGAUGACUAUGAGGAACUUCUCAAAUACUAUGAAAUUCAUGAAACUAUUGGAACAGGUGGCUUUGCAAAAGUUAAAUUGGCUCGUCACUUACUUACUGGUGAACAGGUUGCAAUAAAAAUAAUGGACAAGCUGACUCUGGGGGAUGACUUACCUCGUAUAAAAACUGAAAUUGAAGCAAUGAAGAGCUUAAGCCACCAGAAUAUCUGUCGUCUGUACCAUGUAAUUGAGACACCAAAGAAGAUCUUUAUGGUUUUAGAGUACUGCCCUGGAGGAGAGCUCUUUGAUUACAUAAUUGCAAAGGACCGCUUAGCUGAAGAUGAAGCCCGCAUCUUUUUUCGUCAGAUUGUAGCUGCAAUUGCCUACGUACACAGCCAGGGAUACGCACACAGGGACCUCAAACCAGAAAACUUGUUGAUUGAUGCUGAGCAUAAUUUGAAGCUGAUAGACUUUGGUCUCUGUGCAAAACCAAGGGGAGGUCUGGAUUACCAUCUGAACACAUGCUGUGGGAGCCCUGCCUAUGCAGCACCAGAGUUAAUUCAGGGCAAAGCUUAUAUUGGCUCAGAGGCAGAUAUCUGGAGCAUGGGAGUCCUUCUGUAUGCUCUCCUUUGUGGAUAUCUACCAUUUGAUGAUGACAACAUGAUGGCGCUCUAUAGGAAAAUUGUGAGGGGGAAAUAUGAUGUCCCCAAAUGGCUUUCACCUGGCAGUAUCCUGCUUCUGCAACAGAUGUUGCAGGUGGACCCAAAGAAACGGAUUAUGGUGAAGCAUCUUUUAAAUCAUCCUUGGCUCAUGCACGGUUAUUCCUUUGCUGUCCUGUGGCAAAGUAAAUACCCCCUUGGAUGCCUUGAUGAAGAUUGCAUAACAGAACUUUCUGUGUUUCAUAAAUGUAGAAGAGAAAAAAUGGCAGACAUAAUUUCAGAGUGGAAAUAUGAUAAUAUAUCUGCAACAUACCUCUUGCUUCAAUACAAGAAGACUCAUGGUAAGCCUGUUCGCCUGAGGAUUCCUUGUCUAGCAGGAGAAUGUAUGAGCACCACACUAUUCAAAGAAGGGAAGAUAAAAAAAGCCCUGAGUUAUGAAGAUGGUUCGGACAAUAAAGAACUUCCCUAUGUAUUUGGCUCCAUGGAAUUUCUAACGUCUUUUGAUGAUGGUCAGCUUAUGUUAGGAAAUACACCCAGACCUAAGCAGAAACUAAUGUUCCAGGAUGGAGGAGAGUUCAGUUCGCCGUUACUUUCUGUGCCCAAGAGAGGAACAUCAAACAAACGUGCCAACAAAGAGAACACUGGUGCUCCAGCUGCCCAGGCAGAGACCUUUGCACUUCCUCCACCCAAGACGCCUACUUGGGACAUGGCUGAGAAACAAGUGCUGACCUCUUCCAACUAUUCUGCUCCACUCGAGGAGAAAAAUUCAGUCGCCCAACCAGUGCCAGUAAAUACUCCUAUUAAAGCAAAUGAGCUGACAGCCAACGUCAUUAGCCCCGAGAGAAGGUGCCAUUCAAUGGAGCUGGAUUUAAAUCAGAUGCAUCUGGAAAAUGGCCAAAAAAGAAAAGGAGCCAAAAUGUUUGGGAGCCUUGAAAGGGGCUUGGAUAAAAUGAUCACAAUGCUUACCCCCAGUAAAAGGAAAGGUUCGACUAAAGAAGGCCCGAGGAAGUUAAAGGCUCACUACAAUGUGACAUCGACUAACUUAAUAAAUCCAGAUGAGUUGCUACAGGAAAUAAUUGCUGUCCUUCCAAAAAAGCAAGUUGAAUAUGUACAGAAAGGUUAUAAACUGAAGUGUCAGACCCAGUCAGACUAUGGCAAAGUGACAAUGCAGUUUGAAUUGGAGAUUUGCCAGCUAAGCAAGCCUGAAGUCCUGGGCAUUAGAAGGCAACGGUUGAAGGGCGAUGCCUGGGUCUACAAAAGACUAGUGGAAGACAUCCUGUCAAGCUGCAAGUUAUAGAUCUCCUAGUUCAUUACGAAUAUACAGACAGUUUUUAGCCAUGCUUAUU